AUGGGCAGCGUUGGCAGUGGAGCCUCCAGCCAGCGGGCCAUCACCAUGCGCAGUGUGGGCACACGCACCACCCCCAACGGCCCCCUGGCGGCUGUGCCGCCCCCCAACCCCACCGCCCGCCGUCGCCUGGACGACCGCAGCUUCAGCGCCGAUCGCCUCCCACCGCCGGGCACAAAGUCAGCGGGCGUGUCGGCAGACGAGCGCACUUGCGGCGUCGAGCGGGAGUGCUAUGGCAACGGGCGUGGUGGGCAUGCAGAUUCGGAGCGCGGCCUGGGCAACGGCGCUGGCCGGCAGCAUGCGGGUAACGGCCCAUUCGCCAAUGGCGGCGGGAGGAGGGAGGGCCACAGGCGGGGCGAGAGUCUGGACCUGUGCGGGAACAGCGUCGUUCUCAACAAUGACAAGAACAGCCACCAGGCACCCAUGCAACACAAGGACAAGUGCAAAGCCAAGCUGGACAACCAUAACCCCCCCAACAUUACGCCCAUCUCUGGCAAGCUGGAACAGGCACAGGACCCAGACACGCUGGUCCGUCCCUCUGCCUUCAAACCUGUGGUGCCCAAGAGCUUUAACUCCAUGCAGAACCUGGUGUGCCCCCUGCAGGCUAGCACAGGUGUAGGAGGGGGCCCAGGCAGUGGGGCCAAUGGGGGCAGUGGGGGUGACAGAGGGGGGCAGGCCGCUUCUGGAUCCCGGCGGGACCAGGACAGUCCCAGUGGGCAGGGGAGCCAGUCCGGGGGUGGCCGGGCGGCACAGGGCAGCCUAUCAGACUCUGGGAGGAACUCUCUGACCAGCCUGCCCACCUAUGCAGGCUCGGGUUAUGGGCCGCCCCCGGCCCUAGGGCCCCUCAGUGCCUCCACCAGCCACAUCAACCGGCUGGGCACGGCCGGCCUGGACAAGCCAGACAAGCCAGGCUACCAGAACGGCCUGAGCGCCUCGGACAGCGGCCGCUCGUCCUCGGGCAAGAGCUCCUCUUCUUACCAGCGGCUCAGCCACCUGAGCGACGCACCCGUACCCCUGCGACCCUCGCCAUCCUCCGACGAUGUCAUCCGCGACCUGGAGGACCGCCUGUGGGAGAGGGAGCAGGAGGUCCUCCACAUGCGGCGGAACCUGGACCAGAGCGAGGCGGCCAUCGCGCAGGUGUUUGAGGAGAAGCAGCGCGUGUGGGAGCACGAGAUGGAGGAGCUGCGUCAGAACUACGCGGGGCGGCUGCAGCAGGUGACGCGCCGCGCCCAGCGCUCCCAGCAGGCCCUGCAGGCCCAGAUCGCCCGGCUGCAGCAGGACAAACGCCGGCUGCAGGAUGACAUGACCGUGCUCCUGGCCCAGCGCGAGGAGCUGGAGAAGAAGUGCCUGGACUUCAGGAAGGAGCAGGCUGACCUCCUGCCCAAGCUGGAGGAGACAAAGUGGGAGGUGUGCCAGAAGGCGGGCGAGAUCUCCCUCCUGAAGCAGCAGCUCCGAGAGAGCCAGGGUGAGGUGACCCAGCGUGCGGGUGAGAUGGUGGCCCUCCGAAACCAGCUGAAGGAGCUCAACGCCCAGCUGAGGGAGCGGGAGGAGGCGGAGAUCAGCCUCAAAGAGUCCUUCUGCACGAAGACCCUGGAGCUGGAGCGCUGCGAAGCCGAGCUGCAGGCCAUGCUGGCCGAGGUAACCGUGCUGCGAGACAAGCUGAGCGCGUUCGAGGCGGAGGUGGCUGGACUGAAGAAAGCCCUGAGUGAGCUCAGCGGCAGUGGCUCUACUCUCAGCCGCACGCCCGAGCCCAGCCUGGCCGACGUGGGCCAUCUGGUGCUGUCCCGCAGCAGAGAGCGCCUCCUCUCGCCCCUGAGCCCACCGGAGGGCCCCAGCUCACUGCCUCCUCUGCCCCUGCCCGCUCCGCCUGCCCCAGACGCUCUGCUCAGCCUGCAGAGCGACGACUCCAAGGUGCAGAGGCAGGAGGCGGGUGAGCUGCGGCGGCAGCUGGAGCUGCUCCAAAGCGAGCUGCGCGUGGAGCGGCAACAGCGCGAGCGUCAGGCCCUCACCUUCGCCCAGGAGCGCCACACCUGGCAGGGGGAGAAGGAGCGUGUGCUCAAGUAUCAGGCGCAGCUGCAGCUCAGCUACGUCGAGAUGCUGCAGAAGAACCAGGCCUUGGAGGAACGCGUGGACCAGCUCGGGGUGCAGCUCUCCAUCCCUGUCCCGCCCCCGGCCCUGCCCCCAGACCCACCCCCAACUUUGGCCCUACCCUCGCCGGGCUCGUCGCCACCCAAUGCGAUCAGCCCAGAGGUCCCCAUCCUGGCACCCAUAACCGUGUCGCUUACGUCUCCGACCCCCCCAGCUGAGGAAAAGAAGAUGCCUGUGCUCCAUCAGCUGGCGCCCCCCUGGCCUGUGCCCACACGCUUGGAGAGGAUCGAGUCCACAGAGAUCUGACAGCGGGUGAAUGUGACCUCUUUGAUGCAGUACCACUUAGAGCACCAGUUACAAUAGUGUUAAGUACAACCACCUCCCCCACCCCCCACUAAUCCCCCUGCACCAAAACAAAAAAGGUCUGCAACUUCUGAGGAUAGUCCAAGGAUGCCCUGCUGAAUGAGGCUGACAGGGUUGAGGGGUGAAAUCUGGGAUAUGGUUAUGUGAGGCUUCAUUGACUGGCCUAGAAACAUUCUUGUGUCUUGAAAGGCGUUGGUUUAGUAUUGUGUGUAGGUGGAGUUGGCUCCAAAUCUGUAGCUAAGGAGAAAGAGUAGCUGGAUUUAACACUCAGGGGAUAUGGGAUUAGGGAUUAAUAAUCCAGAUUAAAGGCAAGGGAUCAGGCAUUAAUAAUACAGUCUUAAGGAUAGACUGUUGGAGCUUUUAGCCAGGGUACCCUCCUAUCAGGAGAGUAUCUGUCUGACACCGGCUCUCAGUAUACCAGUCACGAUGCCAAACUCACACGUCAUCAUGGUUGAACUUCUAUGACCUGAAUCCUAACAUAGAUCUAAACAGACAUCAGACUAAAGUCUAGAAACACUGUGGGUAUAAGUUAUAUGUUACUCUUUAAAUUGUUCUUCAACUACACCAAGCCCACAACAAACAGCUUGAUAAACAAAAUAUGGGAAAAAUAUGAGUUUUUUUUUGUAAUUUUAAUGAGAAGCCACAUGGAGAUGAGAUGCUCUCCUGUUUAUGGUGCUUGUCCAUACCACACAAUUGUUUUUCUUGGUUUGUUUGUUUAUUUAUUUGUUUUAUUUUUGAACAGAAGGACCAAAUAUCUAUGAGGUGUUGCUGGUCUUGAGGUCUCUUGUAGUGGGUGUAGUUCAAGUAUUUAUUACCAAUGGACUCCAGCGCCUUAGGGUAUGUUUUUUUUUUUUGUGUGUGUGUGUGUGGGAGUUCACCUCAACCCCCUGUGCUCUUAGCAAAAGCAGUGGCGGAGGACUAACGUGUGGUCAUUUUGACUCAGAACUUAUUACCAGAACAUCACUUUUGCCUUUUUUUUUUGUUUUGUUCCAUGUUUCUAAACAACGUAGAAUAUAUUAGAAAGAGCGUGAGAGUGAGGUGUUAAAAAAACACAAAUUGGUUAAUGCACUUUGCUUUGGUCUCAGACAAUGUUUUUCUUUUAAGAGAGGUGUGAAUUGUGAACGAACAGCAUAUCUGCUGGGUGACGUUUGGCUUAUGAAGCUGCCGGUUAGAGGAGGUGCAAGCGGCUGAGCCAAAACAAAAAAUUUAAAUAAAAAAAAAAUAAAUAGACAAUGCUAUGAGGGCAAUCGGAAUAGUAUGUGGGUAAGGGUGCACUUUUGAAGUACACCCCGCAAGUUGAUAAAUUGAUUAUAUGAGCAGGAACGUAUCUUCUUCCAAAAAGAAUAUGUGUCAAUGUAUACUUUCUGAAAGUAUCAUUUAGAAUAUUUGACUUUAAAAAUAUAAUAUGCAGUAGAUUGAAGUGGUGUUCACCGUGUACACAGGCUGCAUUGCCAUAUAUGAAUGAGUUAUAAAGACUUAAGUGUGGAUCGUGUGGAUGUUGAGGGGGAUUAGGUAGUGAGUUUGUGUAGUAUGAAUUAAGACUGUGGGAAGAAAAGGGUUAGAUAAAUUUACAACAGGUGGUGACAAGACAACAGAGGUGGUAAAGUGGUAGCAUUUAAAAAAAGAACUAUAACACCUUCUGUCACAAAGCUUACAGCAGUAUCAUAAGCCCUGUUUUAUGACCGUUUGGGGCACAGAGAAUCACUGGCCGUGCAACCUCAAAAGGUCACUGACAUGAAGGCUGCUUUGAGAAAGGCCCCUAUUCCUGCUAGGAAUAUCCGCCAGUGAAACAAUGUCUCGGCUGGGCUGAUCAGACACAUGCUUCCCAACCGCAAACAGGUGCUUUUGUAACAAUAAUACUUUGAAGAAUUAUCCUUUGGAGAAACAGGGGCCCUCUCAGCACAGACAGACCUGAUUUAACUCAUAAGCAAAUUACACUACUCUGGUUCUUUUGUGCUGAAGUAAAUUAUUAUUAUUAUUUUAAUACAGAAAACUGGCACAUUAAAACAAUUUGGGCUGUCCCAUGACACACAGCUAUAACAUGACACCCUCAAUGACCUUGCCCCUACCAUUAAAUAAUGCCACAGUUUGUGGCAGCCUCGUGUAUACAUCCCAAAUGAAACACUGCUGCUUUUUGUGACAUCAAAAUAGAUUUAAUUUUGCCAGUUAUGCUACAUGGCUUUGAUAUUUGUCUCACACGCACCUAACUUUAUUACUGCAUGUGCCGUUCUGAUCACAGCCAAGCGUAGUCUGAAACUGCCUACUGAUUUGAGAUUAAUUAUCUGAUCUUUCAUAGCUUUAUGACAUUGGGUGUUAGGUGAGUACAAAGCUUUAGAUGGACACCACCCCUCCACUGAUUCUGGCCACAUUUGCUGCUAUGUAAUUCUGUUGUGUCCUGCUAUGUUCUUGGUAGAAACAAAGGGGCAGUUGACUGCAUGUAAAUAUCAUUGUUAUUUAUGUGUACAUAUCUAUUCUAUCCAAAUAUACUGAGCUAUUGCGUGUGAAUACUUUUGUGAAUUAAUGAGACUGACAUGUCAGCUUUUAUUUUUCAAACUAUCAAUAUAGGAAUAUAAUAUAUGAAUCUUUAAAAAUUUCAGUCGGCCAUUACAUGUAACAAUCAAAGUAAAUACAUGAAAGCUCCUCAUGUUUUUCCCCCUCUGUCUCACAGUUCUUAAAAUGUAAGAAGGAAGGACAAACUGUCACCGAUGUUUUCAUUCUGAUUUUUUAUGCUUCAAAAUCGCUUGGGGAAAAAAAAGCAUAUCUUAGCAAAUAUGAACUCAAAUAAUAAAGAUGUGAAUAAAAACAAAUUUUCACCUAG